AUGGCCGACGAAUAUCUUGAACUCAUUAAGCAGCGCAAAACUUGCUAUUCGAUCAAGGCGAAAUCACCUGUCACUGACGAUCGGAUCAAGCAGGUUGCAAGCGAAGUCAUCAGGCACAGCCCGAGUUCAUUCAAUUGCCAGUCGACUAGAUAUCUCAUCCUCCUGGGUGACGAGCAUAUCAAGUUCUGGAAAAUAACAAAAGAAUGCUUCAAGGUCACACUGUCAACCGAAGACUACAAAGGCUAUGAGAUGAAAAUACUCGACCGCCAGGCGGCCUACGGAACAAUCCUCUUAUUCGAAGACCUCGACACGAUACGAGAAUAUCAGAAGAGGUUCCCCCGUUUUGUAUGGCAUCUGCAAGCAUUCUCCGAGCACAAUAACGCAAUGUCGACGUUCAAUCUAUGGACUGCACUUUGCUUGGAAGGGUUUGGUUGUAACCUCCAACACGUAAAUCCCACCGUCGAUCAAAGAGUUGUGGAGGCAUGGAAUGUCCCCGGCAGUUGGUCGUUAAAAGCACAGCUGGUGUUAGGCACUCCGACUGGUGAACCUGGACACGAAAAGUCCUUCAUACCUGCCGAAGAACGUAUCAUGGUCUCCGGUUUCGACACCAAUGAUUGA